CACUCCCUCUCGCACCUCGCCCUCCCGCUUGCUCGCCCCAACAAUACCUAAUGGCCUCGAUAUCUGUGCCCCGUCUGCUCGCCCGCGGCGCCGUGCGCCCGCUCUGUCGGCCCCGUCCCUGCUGCCCCCGCCCCCAGUUCCAGCGCGCGUUCCUCUCCUCGAAACACCCUAGCGGCUUCGUGCCGCCAGCCGUGGAAGACCUGGAGGAGCUCCGCGAACGGGCGCAAGAGUUUACGCGCCGCGAGAUCCCCGAAGACGUCGCCGCGCACACUGACCGCACCAACGCCUUCCCAAACGAAAUGUGGCGCAAGCUCGGCGACGCGGGCUUCCUGGGCAUCACGGCUGACGAGGAGUACGGCGGGCUGGCCAUGGGCUACCAGGCGCACUGCGUCAUCAUGGAGGAGAUCAGCCGCGCCUCGGGCAGCAUCGGCCUCUCGUACGCGGCACACUCGCAGCUCUGCGUUAACCAGCUCAUGCUGAACGGCUCGCCGGACCAGAAGUUGCGCUUUUUGCCGGGUUUGGUUGCGGGCGAGAAGGUCGGCGCUCUGGCUAUGAGCGAGCAUUCUGCUGGCAGCGAUGUUGUGAGCAUGAAGACGACGGCGAAGAAGGUCGAUGGCGGGUUCUUGCUUAAUGGCACCAAGAUGUGGAUCACAAACGGCCCCGACGCAGACUACAUCAUCGUAUACGCGAAGACGACGCCCGACGCCGGCUCCAAGGGCAUCACGGCCUUCAUCGUCGACACAAAAACAAAAGGCUUUUCGUGCGCGCGCAAGCUCGACAAACUCGGCAUGCGCGGCUCCAACACGGGCGAGAUCGUGCUCGAGGACGUCUUCGUCCCCGCUGAGAACGUCCUCGGCGCCGUCGACAGGGGCGUCCGCGUCCUAAUGGAGGGACUUGAUCUCGAGCGCCUGGUCUUGAGCGCUGGGCCCAUCGGCAUCAUGCAAGCGUCCCUCGACCUCGCCCUCCCCUACACCCACACCCGCACCCAGUUCUCUAUCCCCCUCGCCCACAACCAGCUCAUGCAAGCCAAGCUCGCAGACAUGCACGUCGCCCUCUCCUCCGCGCGCGCCUACACGCUCUCGGUCGCCGCGGCCAUUGAUCGUCAUCACGAAGCCAUUGCCGCAGACGACUGGCUCAUCCCCACCCAGGACUGCGCCGGCGCCAUCCUCUUUGCUGCCGAGCGCGCGACGCUGUGCGCGCUGGAUGCAGUGCAGUGUCUCGGGGGCAUGGGCUAUGUGAAUGAGAUCCCGGCCGGACGGUUGUUGAGGGAUGCGAAACUGUAUGAGAUUGGCGCGGGGACGAGUGAGGUUAGGAGGAUUGUGAUUGGGAGGGCUUUUAAUCGCCUGUAUAAGUAGGCGUGGGCGGGGGAGGUGAUAGUAAGGUAUUGGUUAAGACUAGGUUGUUUGGAGUUGCGUCUUUUAUUUAGUGUUUGCGCACCGUGUCUUGUGUUGGCUUUUGGGACGAGAUGCUCGCUCGUAUUGCGCUUUAGACGAUAUACAUACAUACAUGUACGUGAUAUGACGGCCUUGUCUACCUGCUUUGGCUUUGUGUCUACCGCUUUAUUUGAACAGCAACGUUCUAGUUAC